UGAUUGUCGCUUAUACGGAAAUUAGUUGAGUUUUGAAAGAAGACUGCAAUCAAAAUGAAUACACCUUUUGAGCCACGCACUCUGGUCAAUGGCGGCAUGCUGAAACAGUUUGCCGGCCAAACAGUUAGCAUAAUGGUGCGCGUGGAAAGCGUUGCCGGCUCAACGCUGCUGGCGAACAGCACCGAUAAUCACAAGCUGCGCAUAAGUCUGCCCAGCGAUCUUGGCGCAGCAGAAGGAGCGUGGGUGGAGGUGAUUGGUGUGCCCAAUGCUGGCGACGCCAUACGCGGCAAAGAGGUGAUUGAAUUUGGCGGCGAGAAUAUCGAUUUUGAUACGGAGAGUUAUAAUACGAUGACGCAGUUGCUCAACAAUGUGAAGCAAUUCUAUCGCUAUGGCUAAGAGGAACAGAGAGAGAGAGAGAAACACCAUCAUUACAUGCAUAUACUGUUCUCAUACAUAUUUAAUAAACAUUGUGAAUUUAUUUAGU